GCCAGCGCCACCGCGGAUGACGUGCAACAACAAAGAUGGCAGGAGGAAACAGCAACUAUUGGGAAGACCUGCGGAAGCAGGCGAGGCAGCUGGAGAAUGAGCUGGACUUAAAGCUGGUGUCCUUCAGUAAGCUCUGCACCAGUUACAGCAGCUCUCGGGACGGCCGCAGAGGAGACAGUAGCUCCGAUACAACACCUCUACUCUGCAACUCCACUCAGGACAGAAUGUUUGAGACCAUGUCUGUGGAGAUUGAGCAGUUACUUGCAAAACUGACAGGGGUGAAUGACAAGAUGGCUGAAUAUACAAGCACACCGGGAGUAACGUCUCUGAACGCUGCUCUGAUGCACACUCUCCAGAGACACAGAGACAUCCUACAGGACUACACACAUGAAUUUCAUAAAACCAAAUCAAACUUCAUGGCAAUCAGGGAGAGAGAGGACCUUUUGGGAUCUGUGAGAAAGACAUUGAUCUUAGAUGGUUCUAGUUUCAGUCAGGCCACCGCUGAAGCCUCACCUCACUCUUUGAGUUCGUGCGGUGCGUGCCGUGCUCCUCUGGUUACAGGACUCCCCAUCGAUCAGCAGCACACAGCUAUAGAAAUGUCAGCAGGCAGAAAUGACAAAGCCCCCAGUGUGAUUUAG